CCUCCCAGCGAAUCCACAGUAGUAUCGUCACCACUGAUACCAAGCGCGAAAUCAGAGCGGAAAAAAAAAACUCUUCUCUCUCCUCUCUCACUCUUUCUCUCUCCUCGGUUUCCGGAAAUGACCCUGAUGGAGGGAAUGAUGGCCGCCCACGGGACCAGCGCCCCUUCAGACUAGCUCUCCUCUCUUCCCAAAAAGGACAAAAUAAAAAUUAAAACUCCUCUUUCUCUGUCUAGAAUUCUUCUUCUCUCCUCUUUGUUUUCUAUGGGUCGAAGGAGGACGGCGGCGGAGGUGGCGGAGAGGGCGGAACCGGCGAGGAAGAGGAGCGGCGGGGGGGGGGGUACGGACUCAGCAGGCGGGAAGGGGAUCUUGCCGUGGGAGCUAGGGUUAGGGUUUUUCGAGAAGAUUGUUACUUUUUAAGGGUUUUCUUUUUGCUUUCUAAUUCGCUCGCUUAGGGUUUCGGAACGAUGGGGGGUUUGGUUAAAGAAGUGCUGAGGAGGCUCUGCGUUGAGUUUGGAUGGUCUUAUGCUGUUUUCUGGAAGCUGAUCGGGUUUGGAGAUCAGAUGAAUUUGGUGUGGGAAGAUGGACAUUGUGAGCGAACUUCUGUUGCCUCGGCUGCUUCUGGGUUUGAAGCAAUUGAUCUUUUAAUUAAGGAAAGUGGGGUGCUUCGAGGCUCUCAAAAUGGUGGCUUUUCUCAGCUUGGAGGAACUGAGGACAGAGUGAGAACUCUAGUUUUCAAGUUGAUGGCAACUCAGGUUCAUCUUGUCGGAGAUGGGAUAGUUGGGAAAGCUGCUUUGACAGGGAAACAUGAAUGGAUGCUUGGAGAUAUGCUCUCUAAUAGGGGAUUCACGUCUAAGGUUUUGGCUGAGAUCAAUAACCAACUUCUGGCAGGCAUCAAGACAACAGCAAUUAUUCCAGUGCUUCCUCAAGGCAUUUUGCAACUUGGUUCCACUCAAAUGCUCCCUGAGAAUUUUGGGUUUAUAGUUCAUGCAAAGAGUUUGCUUGGACAGCUGCAAUUCGUGCGAGGGGCUGUCUUAUCUAGUGACACUCAGAAAAUUUUGUGCCAGAAACUAGUAGAAUCUACCGGAAUGCAAACAACUCACAAACAAUAUAGAGAAGCUAGGACUGAUAUAAAUGGUGCAUCAUCUGUCAAUGAUGAUAAUCAUAAUCACCAACAUUUCAGCCCUGCACUUUCUAGAACUUUUACUGAGAUUUGUCCUUCAUCUACACAGUUAUAUGACCAAAUGUCAGCCAUUGUUUCAGAAACCCCAUUAGCUAAAGAGAAUAUGUCAAGCAAAAUGGUACCUCCUAGUACCCAGCCAAUUGUUGAAACUCAUCAUAGCCAAGUUGAUAGUGGAGCUCAGGAAGCUCAUACAAUGUUCUCUAAUCCUGAUGCAAGGCUGCUUCAGAGCAUACUUCCUUGCAAAUCUGACUCUCAAAACCAUCAGCAAUCUCCAACUGGUUUACCCUAUAAUAGAUUGGCAUUCCUUGAAGAACAACUAUCUAUGCCCAGUGUUAGAGCAGGAGAGUUUGCUAAUAAUCGUGAAUCUACAUUAGCUAAUACUAACAUGCUGCAGUUACUAUCCUACGGAUGCACAUCUCUCCAACCUCUCCAAGGUUCUGAGAGCAUUUCAUCAUUUGCCAGAAGCCAAUUGCUGGAAAGUGCAAAUGGUAUUGGCAAAUUCAAUUCAUUUGCCAGUGGCAUAGGAAGUUUCAGGAGCCAGCAUGCUGAGUCAUCUAGCACAGAGUUGCCUCAAGUGUUGAACCCGAUUGAUCAUUUGGAGCAGGGUCAUCUAAACUCCAUUGAUACAAUAUUUCAUUCUGGAUCUCUUAGAGAAAAGCAGAAGAGCAACGAUGGUCAAUAUCAAGCUCUGGAGAGCCAAUUCACCCAAUAUGAUGAGCAUGGUUCUUCCUACUCUCCCUUGCUUGAUCCUGUUCAGAAAAAUAAAGCACAUCAAGAAUCUCCCUGUGUUGAAAAUGGUAGGGACCCAACACCAGCUGGAAGUGGUAACAAGAGCAACGAGAAGGCCGGGAAUCUGCAAGCUUUAGAUGAGAAAAUUUCAGUAAGCCUGCUACAGUCUUCGUCAGCAAAUGAUUUGUUUGAUGCAUUGCGUCUUGAUCAAUGUAAAUCUGGGUUCUCUGAUAGCAAAUUGGAUAACGUGAAAAUACAUGCCGCUGAAAAUGCUCAUGGAUUGAAUACUGAUGUUUCUAAUCGCAUAACUGAGUUUGAAGAGUAUCUUGGUUAUAAUGCAUUGAAUAAUGAGCUUUUUUGUAGCGGGAUGUUCUCAGUAGCUGGGAGUGACCAACUGCUAGAUGCUGUGGUCUCUCAGUUCAACCCCGGUGCCAGAUAUGAGAUGGAUGAUAUUGCGUCUUGUAAGAAUCCAUUAACAAAGAUUAGCAGUUCUUCAACCAAUGGAUGUGCCACUACAUGUAAAAAGACACAUGCUGAAACUUUUUCUCUGCCUCCUGUGCCUAUAAAGCCUGAGCCGGCACCUUCAAGUUCUUUAAAAUCUUCAUGCAGCAUUGAAAGAAGUGACGGGUGCAUUUCCCAAAGCCAUGGAAGCUAUAAAUCUCAAAUUAACCUAUGGAUUGAAGGCCAGAAAAUGAGCAAUGAUAAUCACUCUGGGGCACAUGGCAAAAAGGUUGAUGAGGGAGGUAAACAAGUUAGAAAGAGAUCUAGACCUGGGGAGAACCCACGACCAAGACCCAAAGACCGUCAAAUGAUCCAAGACCGUGUCAAGGAACUACGUGAAAUUAUCCCAAAUGGACCUAAGUUGAGUAUUGAUGCUUUACUGGAGAAGACCAUCAAGCACAUGCUAUUCCUGCAAAGUGUAACAAAGCAUGCAGACAAGCUGAAGGAAAUUGGGGAGCCUAAGAUCCUCAGCAAGGAUGGAGGCUUGCUGCUGAAGGAUAACUUUGAGGGUGGUGCAACAUGGGCAUUUGAAGUAGGUAGUCAGUCCAUGACGUGUCCUAUUAUAGUAGAGGAUCUGAAUCCACCUCGUCAGAUGCUUGUGGAGAUGCUUUGUGAGGAGAGGGGUCUCUUUCUGGAGAUAGCUGACUUAGUUAGAGGUUUAGGGCUCACCAUCCUGAAGGGGGCGAUGGAAGCUCGUGGUGAUAAGAUAUGGGCACGCUUUGCUGUUGAGGCAAACAGGGAUGUGACGAGGAUGGAAAUAUUUCUAUCACUUGUACAAUUGCUGCAACCAUCCGCAACAAGCAAUGAAAUCCCCGAAGGCUUGAACACUCCACAAAAUAUGUUCCACUCCCCAUCAUCAAUCCCUGCAACUGGUUUAUCUGACCGAUUGUGGUGAGCCACUGGCAGUUUCCUUUUUCUUUCUUUGUUCGAGAAAUGCUAUGAGCAGGAGCUAGUGAUUUCUUGCUGUGACUGGCAUUUCGGUGUCAAUGGAUUUAAUUACUGACAGAUUGGUGAUUGUUGUUCGGCGAGCUCACUAGAAUCAGAAAUGUAAAAGUUUUUUUUGUUGCUGAUCGUGUAUUUUCUUGAUUAUCACCGGGAUUGGGUUCGUAUGCAGUUUAUGAUGUAAAAUUGUGUUGUAAAAUUAGGGUUUGCAAGAUGGUAGGGUUCCACAAGUGUAGAAAAAUGACUGUAGGUAGGAUUUGAGUCGGUAAUUAUAUGUGCUUUUGUUCUGAAAUAUGAUGAUCUGAUGCUUCUAAAUUC